GUUCAGCAGUCUGUACAGCGUGUCAAAUUACACAAUAGACAUCGGCUCUCUCUUUGCGGGCAAAGAAUCAUAGAACAGAAAUUUUUUAUCAACGGCGCACGCCUAGAAAAGGUCAAAAAGGGCGCAUACAAAAUCCGUCCAAGAGCAAAUAUCCCGACCUGAUUCAAUAUUGGAUACAAUCCCUAUUGUCAACCACCACCGAGAAAUCCACCCCCAGCAUACCAAAGGAUGUCGACGUCUCUCCCUCGAACAGUCCUUGCCUACCAGCGCAACGCCAAACUCUACACGCUUUCCACCCUCGUCACGUCCGUCACACCUUUCCAACAACUCGCCGAAGCCAGCCGGCAGCUCUUCAAGGCCGUGCCGGAUGAGGAUUCCUUCGUGGUGACGACGGCCGAAACAAUCUUCCACCCGCAAGGGGGCGGGCAGCCGUCCGACACGGGCUCCCUCACGUCGGCCUCCAACGGGGCCAAGUUCGACGUGUCGGCCGUGCGCACGGACGUGGUCCACGACGGCGUGGUCCUGCACCUGGGCCGCUUCGCCGACCCGGCCACGACGUUCGGGGCGGGCGACGCCGUCACGCAGGCCAUCGACGCGGAGAAGCGCCUGCUGUACUCGCGCCUCCACACGGCGGGCCACGUGCUGGGCGCGGCGGUGCGGCACCUGCUGGAGCGCGAGAUCGCGGGGUUCGACGAGCUCAAGGCCUCGCACUUUCCGGACGCCGCGGCCUGCGAGUUCCAGGGCCUGAUCGAGGGCCGGUGGAAGGAGCCCAUCCAGCGCCGCGUCGACGACUACGUCGCCCGCGCCAUGCCCGUGGAGAUCGAGUUCUGGGACCCCGACGACUUCCGCCGCGAGGGCCUCGAGAGGCUGAUCCCCCGGGAGGACGGCGAGGGCGUCAAGAAGCUAGCCCCCGGCGAGAAGUACCGGGUCGUCCGCAUCGUCGGCGCAGAGGUCUAUCCCUGCGGUGGCACGCACGUGGACACGACGGAUCUGUGUGGCAAGGUCGGCGUGAGGAAGAUCAGCAGGAGCAAAGGGACCAGUCGGGUGAGUUACAACGUCAGUUGACUGAGGGUUUCUUGUUUCGGGCAUUUUUUUAGAGCUAGAGGGGACUUCUGGAUUGUCAUAUAGAGUGCAAGAGGGACCAAAUCCCUGCGGAACCCCCUCUACAGAACCUGGUAUUGUGUCUAUCGAUGAUGGCCUUUUUCGCCUUGGGAGCCUCAAGAUCUAACAAAUCAAAAUGUACAAAGACAAAA